AUGAAAGCCGUGAACAAACAUGCAUCGAUUAUCUUCGUGUUUGCUGUUGUUUUACUUCUGGUGAGCAUUUAUUACGUCAAAAAAGCAGAAUUCACGCAUGAUGUAUUCAAACCAUAUGUGUACCUGGACAACAUCACGAGUUGGACAAAUCCACGGUUGUGUCGUUGGCCACCAGACUCCUCGAAGGCUAUUCAAAACCCUGAAACUGGACUGUUUAAUUUGGCUAUUAAGCCAUGUGUUCGAAAGCAGGAGAUCAACGAUCACUCCAAUACUCGGUUGGAAAGGUACUAUGAACUGUUGGAGAUUUUGUACCCGGGACAUUUGAAGGGUGGAUCUAUGACACACAGAGCUCGUAUCAUGGAACAAACACUACGGGUGGAUCCGACUGAAUAUAACUAUCAUUUAUACCCACCAUUGAUUGAUGUCGAGGAAACAGUGUCACUAGUACGUCAAGGACAAAAAGUGGUUCGGAAGCCAAUCAAUGAUCCAGACAUGUCGGUUCUCGUGGCACCAAGAGGCUUUUGCAAACCCGACGGAAAUGAAAGAAAUCGAUCUGAGACAGUGGUUGUGAUAAAGUCAUGCGUCCGUUGCCAAGGCGAUCGUCAGUGGGCACGUGCAACCUACAUGCAACCACAUUUGUGGGGCGAUUUUCGGAUUCGAUUUGUGUUCGUUACUGGAAUGCCUGCGAUAAAUUACACAGGCUAUAUUCACUUCGAGGGAGUAUCAGUCAAAUAUCGAAGUCAUGGGAAUGAGAAACAAGAUUAUGAGAACAGUAAAAGAGAAUUGUUCUCCGAGGCAAAUCAGUUUGAUGAUAUACUGAUUGGCGAUUUUGAAGAUCACUACUUUUCAUUGACUCAGAAGCAGAUAUUCACGUUCCGUUGGAUCUCGGCGUUUUGCGCCAACGAGUCCUCGUUGUUCCUGUUUCUCGAUCACGACUUUGCCGUGAUGCCAAGCAAUCUGAUCAGAUUAGUACGGGAAUUUUCCACAGAAAUACUGCCGGAUUUGAGCUUCGGUAUUCGGUGGCAAAAUCAUAGAGUCAUAAGACCCUGGAAACACUCUAACAAUCGAUGGGCUAUAUCUGAAGAUGAGUUUCCAUGGGACUAUUAUCCACCGUACUUUGGAGGUCAUGCGUAUAUCAAAGGAAUCAAUGUUGUCACAGAUCUAGCCAUCGCCUCAGCAUUCAUUCAUCCAUUGCGUGCUGAAGAUUCGCAUAUGGGAAUUAUGCGUUACAAGAUGCGAAUACCGACCUACGGUGUAUGGCACUUUAGACACAGAGUGGGAUCGGCUGAUGGACUGCGGUAUAUCACUUGUGUGAGAACCGGAUAUAUGAUCAAUUAUUUUAAUUGGACAACCGGUAAGAUUAUUGGAGAUUAA